UUUGCUUUACAAGAAACACAACCAAUCAUUAAUGUAUUUUGUGGUCAACUUCUUCUUCUUCAACAGUGAUACCUUCACAGGUGUGUUAUUCUUACAAGACAACAUGACAAUCCUUUAAAACAGAGUAAGGUGGGAACAAAAUACCCAAUUCCACAAAAAUGUUCAAUUUUGCCACGAUUUCAAUAGCAAUCCUACUCUGCACCUUUCUCUUCAUCUUCAGUGGCUAUGCAAUUGCAAACCCCCAACUGUAUGAUGAAGAACACGCAUUGCUUAUGAAACUAAAGCAACAUUGGCAAAAUCCACCAUCCAUCGCUCACUGGAACCCAUCCAACACCAAUCACUGCGCUUGGCCUGAAAUCACCUGCAGUCGCAAUUCCAUCACAGGACUAUUUCUCUACAACACCAGCAUCUCCCAAUCAGUCCCAUCCUUCAUUUGCGACCUUAAAAAUCUAACCCACCUGGACCUACAUUACAACUAUCUUUCCGGCCUAUUUCCAACGGUUCUCUACAACUGUUCUAAACUUCAGCACCUAGACCUCUCUGAGAACUUUAUUGUUGGUCCCAUUCCUCAUGAUAUCGAUAGCUUGUCUCAGCUCCGGUACCUCAGCCUAGCCUCCAAUAACUUUUCAUUCAACAUUCCCGCCACUAUUGGAAACAUAACGGAGCUUAGGGUACUUGAGCUUCCUCAGAAUCAGUUUAACGGUUCUUUCCCAUCAGAUAUUGGCAAUUUGAAAAAUCUGGAGCGACUAGAUUUGUCACGUAAUGCAAAAUUUGUGCCAUCAAAGCUGUCUUCAAAUUUCUCGCAACUGAGAAACCUGAAGAGUUUGUUGAUGGCUGAAGCAAAUUUGAUUGGUGAAAUUCCUGAAUCAGUUGGCAAUAUGACUGCGCUUGAGACACUGGAUUUAUCACGUAAUGGUUUGACUGGAAAAAUUCCAAACGGUAUUUUCAUGUUGAAGAAUUUAAGUAGAUUAUUUCUUUAUAUAAACAUGUUGUCGGCAGAGAUUCCACAGGUUGUUCAAUCACUCAACCUAACUGUCAUCGAUCUGUCACAGAACAAUUUGAUUGGCACAAUACCAAAUGAUUUUGGGAAGCUUGAAAACUUGGAAAGCUUGCUUUUGAUGUUCAAUCAAUUAUCAGGCGAAAUCCCAGAAAAGGUUGGGGAGAUUCCGAGUUUGAUAGAUGUCAGAUUGUUCAGCAACCAAUUAUCAGGUGCUCUUCCUCCAAACUUUGGUCGAUAUUCAGCACUUACUGGAUUCGAGGUUGCUUCCAAUAACUUUACAGGCAAGCUGCCUGAAUACUUAGGUGCUGGAGGUAAGUUAUUGGGACUAAUAGCAUUUGAUAACAAUCUCAGCGGAGAAUUGCCAGAAUCACUUGGGAAUUGUAAUAGUUUGUUAAUAAUCAAGAUUUACAACAAUAACUUCAGUGGCAAAAUUCCUGUGGGGCUAUGGACGGCAUCAAAUUUGUCAUAUGUAUUGAUAAGUGAUAAUAUGUUCACUGGUGAGCUUCCUGAAAAUUUUUCUGGGAGCCUAUCUUCUGUUGACAUCAGCAACAAUAAGUUUUCUGGUAAAAUUCCUGCAGGAGUGAGUUCUUGGAGGAAUCUACAGGUGUUUAAGGCCAGUAAUAACCUCUUUACGGGUACAGUUCCAGGAGAACUAACUCCUUUUCCUUCUUUAACUACUCUUUGGCUUGAUCGGAACCAACUCUCAGGAUCCAUUCCCUCAAAUUUGAUACCAUGGAAAAAGCUUACUUCUUUAAACCUGAGCAGAAAUCAGCUCUCAGGAGAAAUUCCGAAGGAAAUUGGCUCUCUAACUGUCCUUAAUAAUUUGGACUUGGCAGAAAACAAAUUUUCUGGAGAAAUUCCACGUCAACUUGGCUUGUUGAAGCUCACCUGCCUCAAUCUCUCUUCCAAUCUUCUCAUUGGAGAAAUCCCUAGUGAGUUCGAAAAUGGUGCAUAUGCCAGAAGCUUCACCAACAAUCCUGGUCUCUGCGCACGGCGCUCAUUUGUAAACCUCAAAAUCUGCAGUUUUCAAGCUGAAAAAUCAAGGGAAAUUUCAUCAAAAUAUUUAGCUUUGAUUAUAAGUACAAACAGUGUCGUCUUUUUGAUGGCCUUGAUAUUUUCAUUCUUCAUGUUCAAAGCUUACAGCAAGAGAAAACUUAGAUUGAAUUCCACGGAUUCGAACAUCACUAAGUUUCACUCUUCAAAUCUCACAGAAAAUGAUUUUGCCCUGGACUGGCCCAAGAGGAUGCAGAUUGCAGUGGGAGCUGCCAAGGGACUCUGUUACAUGCAUCAUGACUGCUGCCCGCCCAUUGUCCAUCGGGAUGUGAAAUCAAGCAAUAUCCUGUUAGAUUCAGAGUUCAAUGCAAAAAUAGCAGAUUUUGGUCUAGCUAAAACCUUGGCCAAGCAGGGGGAACUUGAAACAAUGUCAUCUGUGGUUGGUUCUUUCGGGUAUAUUGCUCCAGAGUAUGCUCAUACAACCAAAGUCAAUGAGAAGACAGACAUCUAUAGCUUUGGAGUGAUCCUUUUGGAGUUAACAACAGGAAGAGAAGCUAAUUAUGGUGAUGAACAUACAUACCUUGUCAAAUGGGCAUGGCGACAUCUUCAAAAUGGCAACCCUAUUAUCGAUGCUUUGGAUGAGGAGAUCAAAGAAGCUUGCUAUUUGGAUGAAAUGAGUCGAGUAUUCAGCCUAGGGAUCCGUUGUACAAGCAAGCCACCUGCUAUUAGGCCUAGCAUGAAGUCGGUUUUGGAAAUCUUAGUCAAUCCUCCAGUUAUUUCCCAUAAUAAAAUUAUAUACACCUAAUUUUGAGUAUUCGAUUGAAUACUUAAAUGAUAUGUUAUCAUAUGAUUAAGUGAUUUUAAAUUAAAAAAAAUUAUUACUUAAUCACAUGAUGAAAUAUCAUCUAAAUACUCAAUUUAGUACUUGUUACAGAAUAUGUAAAAAUGUACAUUAGUAUCUAGGGUUUAAUUAUAGCAGUUUAAUUAUGGUAAAAGUUGAUUAUAAGAUCACAAUUAUGAGAAUCAAAUAUUCCUUUUUCCU